AUGGAGAAAGAGUUGGAGAGCAUGGAGCAAUCUGACAUAGUCACCAAGGUUACAGAACCGACUGACUGGGUAAACGCGUUAGUGGUGGUGGAGAAACCACGCACAGGCAAGCUCAGAAAUGUGAAAGACUUGAUCACGAGAGAACCAGGACAAAUCCUUGCCUACUACGAUCCCAACAAAGAGCUCAGACUACAAGUGGACACGUCGAAGUAUGGACUAGGUGCAGUGCUACUGCAAGAAGGAAAGCCCAUCGGCUACGCUUCCAAAUCUCUCACAGACUCAGAAAUCAACUACGCUCAAAUCAAAAAGGAGCUCUACGCCAUUCUGUUCGGAUGGAUACUAUUGAGCUAUCGGGACAUGCAGAAAGUCAGAAAGGUGUUCACAAGGUCAGUGAUGCACGUGGUGAAAAGAGCGCACAAAGUGUCAGACGCAGCACAAGACGAGGAAGAAGACUUCACAGCAAAAGUCAGAGUGCAAGAAGGAACCAAGCCUGUCUUUCACAAACCACGUCCAGUUCCCUAUGCUCUUAAGGAAGCAGUAGAGAAGGAACUGGACCGCCUACAGAAGAAUAACAUAAUCACGAAAGUAGCGAGGAGCGACUGGGCCGCUCCGAUUGUUGAAGUCCCAAAGAAAGACAAGACCGUCAGAAUGUGCGGUGACUACAAGGUCACAGUAAAUCGCUGCAUACUACCAGAGGAAUAUCCACUAACAAACGCUGAAGAUCUGUUUGCCACUCUAGCUGGUGGGAAGGUUUUCAGUAAGCUGGACCUGGCAUUCGCUUAUCAGCAACUGAAGCUGGAUCCGGAGUCAGAACACUAUCUGACCAUCAAUACACACAAGGGGCUAUUCAGAUUCAAUCGCUUGGCCUAUGGAAUCACGACAGCUCCAGCGAUAUUCCAACAAACAAUGGAUCAGAUCUUGGACGGUAUAGACCAUGUUGUGUGCUUCAUGGAUGACAUCCUCGUGUCAGCACCAACCAUUGGAGAGCACCUUGUAGUGCUGGACAAAGUGAUGUCAAGACUGGAGAAAUAUGGAGUGAGAAUGAAACGCAGCAAGUGUGAGUUCCUCCAGGACUCCCAAGGUGGAAGCAAGUUUGUGGCAAACUUGUCCACAUUGUUGCAUCCGCUUCACCAACUGCUGCAGGCCGAUACAAAGUGGAAUUGGUCCCCACAAUGCGAAGAAGCAUUCAAGACUUGCAAACAGCGUCUGCUAAAGAGCAAGUGGCUUGCCCACUAUAACACAGAGAUGAAGCUGAGACCUGCGUGUGAUGCAUCUCCAUACGGAGUAGGAGCCGUCAUCUCACAUGUUCUACCAUCAGGUGAAGAACACCCUAUUGCAUUUGCAUCACGGACUCUGUCACCAAGUAAGAAAAAUUAUGCUCAAAUUGAGAAGGAAGCCCUGAGCAUAAUAUUCGGAGUGAAGAAGUUUCAGAAAUACCUCUACGGAAGGAAGUUCCAACUGCUGACAGAUCACAAGCCUCUGUUGGCCAUCCUUGGACCAAAAUCAGCUAUACCAACCCUUGCUGAUGUUCGAAUGCAACGUUGGGCUCUGAUAUUGUUAGCCUACAACUACGAGAUUGAGUACAGACGAUCCAGUGAUCACGCAAAUGCUGAUGCACUAUCAAGACUACCAUGCAAUAGUGACACCGACAGUGAAGAUGAUAGAGCAGUCUUCCAGAUCUCUCUCAUUGAUGAACUGCCCAUAUCUGCUUCUGACAUAGCAGAGGAAACAAGGAAAGACCCAGUGCUUUCCAAAGUCUUGGACUUAACAUUAGGCGGUUGGCCAACCUUCGUAAAUGACGAUAACCUUCGUCCAUUCAUCGACAAGAAAGACCAGUUGUCCACUGAUCAAGGGUGUGUUCUGUGGGGAUCAAGGGUGGUGGUACCUCCCAAAUUCCAGAGGAGACUGCUAUCUGACAUGCAUGAGGGACAUCCAGGGAUCACUCGAAUGAAAGCACUCGCUCGCAGUUAUCUGUGGUGGCCUGGACUGGAUCAGGACAUUCAACAGCAUGUAGGCCACUGCUCACCUUGUGAAGCUGUUCGCAACAAGCCUGCUGCUGCACCUCUUCAUCCAUGGUCCUGGGCUGCUACACCUUGGGAACGCAUCCAUGUGGAUUACGCCAAAAUUGACAAGCAACAUUUCCUUGUUGUCGUCGAUGUCCAUUCCAAGUGGAUGGAAGUGUUCCCUACUCAACUGACCACAGCUGAGAAGACCAUCAAUCUUCUCAGACACCUAUUUGCAUCCUUUGGACUAGUCAAGGAGCUCGUAUCGGACAAUGGCCACAGGAAGCCCAGGAGGAACGGAGAUAUCCUAUUCGUGAGUUGA